AUGGACGCUGCACGCUUUUGGUUCAAAGAGAACUACGUUUGCAGUUCUUUGGGCACCUUGGUGAUGAGAGAACGAAGCUACGUGCGGGUCACCGGCCUCCGAGGCCGUUCUGAGCUCAACGGACGCUAUGGAAAGCUGCUGCAGUGGAUUCAGAAAAAAAUAAACGCUGGGAGGUGCAGUUGGAAUGCGAAGACGGGAGCCAAGUGCAAGGCACUUUGUCUGUCAAAGGGCUGCCCUGAAUUUCAAACAACCUACAUGUCAAGGUUAUUGCCUUGCAAACUGCAUGGGGCGGUGUCAGCCCCAUGCUUCCCACAGGAAUUUUGUGACAAGAUGAAAUCACGGCCACAAAGUCUUUCUCGGGAGAGUGCGCUGGAGUUCCUGCUAAAUUGGCUACUUGCAGCAACGGAGCUGCGAUGGCAACGUACGUUGAGUGGCCAGCACAGCCUUCAAACAAGCAAGAACUCCUUUGAUAGCUUGGAGCUUGGGGAUCUACUACCUCAACAUUUCAAGCAACAUGACGUUCACAACUUCCGCACCAACUUCAGCAACUCCAACUCAACACAUGCUGGGAUCGGGUUCAAUGAUUUGCGUUUGUUGCCUGAUGCCCGAAUAGAGAAGGGGGCUUCUGGCAUUCGCUUCACUGGGAUUCAUUUGAACGACUUCUCAGUGACCAAGGCAUUGGUCAUUGCGGCUAUGCUCAUGGACAAGAUCAUAUCAGCGAACCACAUUUUGCAGGUGUGGUAUUCAUCCACUUGGUCCAAGGGGACCUUUUCAUCCUUCAAGAAGACCAUGUUGGCCAUGGAACCCCCCAUCUUAAGGGCUGGCAUGAAGCAGUUUUUGGAGUUUUGGAAGAGUGCAGAGGCGCCAGACCUUGCGAGCUGCCGGCAACAGUGGUUGCAGCACUUUGUCAGUGACGAACGCAACAUUUCGUCACAGGAGAAGUGUGCGAUGAGAGCUUGGAAAAGCCUGAAGUUGGUAGAUGUUGGUAGCAUGACCAUGUGGGCAUUGCCUCCUGGCUACUCCCUUCCCCUGCACAACGCAGACUCCAUUUUUGCCACCAUGAACUUGGAGGACUAUCUACCAGUGCCUGCAGAUGAAGCUGACAUGGUCCAACUUUUUGUCCACAAUGUUUUGAAGAAGCUGAACCACAUCCGCAAAUUGCUUUUGGAUGCAGGCUUCAGGUUGACAUUUGGCAAGAGGAGGUGUUCUGCUCAAGACGGCUCUACCGUGCACUACGUGUAUUCCAUGGAGUGGGUAAAGGACGUCUAUGGUGUUGGCUUAUCAGAUUGGUGCAGAGGGGGCCAAGCCGUCAGGGCAUCUAUGCUGACCGAGCUGGAGACAGGGAAGGCCUUGCAGGAAUUUGCGAAGGAAGCAAAGCUCAACAGCUUGCUGAGAUUGCCAGGCUUGGGCUGCCCCAGCAGGAUGUGGAUGUACACCACAGCAAUGCAUCUACACCAUUCUUGGGUUGCAAGGUUUGCAAGCAUGAGUGCUGCAGUGGGUGCUGUGACCCUGCAGUCCUUGGGUAUGAGCUUGCCCUUCAUGAUGCAUAGGCGCUUUCCAACAAAUAUCUACUUGAAGUGGAGCUAUUCAGGUGAGUUUGCAGUCCCAGAGAUCAGCCAGGCCAUGAAACGUUACAAUGCAACCCUUGGUGAUGUAGCUCGAAGGCUACUUCAGACCAAGCCUCUGCAUUCUGCUGCCGCAUCGGAGGCACUUAAAGUCGGUGACACAGUGCUUUGGGAGGACUUCGCCAAUCGCAAAUUGGAGGAUGAUCCUGACAACAAGCGAUUUCUGGUGCCCAUCAGAAGUGUCAAGGCAAAGGCGCAAUUGCUGCAGCCAAACGUGGACUGGGAAUAA